GACCUCAAGAAAGACAGCCUCGUUCAUCACCCCACGAAAGACAGCCUCGUUCAGGACCUCAAGAAAGACAGUCUCGUUCAGGACCCCAAGAAAGACAAAGGCCAUGCAGUCAGAAGUGUUAAGUAUGCGCCACUUUGAAGACUUAAAACCAAACCCAAAACACACAAUAACACCUGGAAGACAAUAGUGUUUUGGGAUCGUUGGUUUGGUGCAGAUUGGUCUGGCAGGUUCGGUACCACCAACUCGACGCAGCUGUGGCAGGAAGGUUGUCCCUCCUGGAGAUGUGUCUUCACCUAUAAUAAGACAUCCAUCCUCCAGAAGGCAGACGCUGUCCUCUUCCGGAACAGAGCGACCAAGUGGUGGACGCUGCCGAGGGGACAUGUGAAGGAGCUGAGAUGGGUACUGGUGGACGUAGAGGCUCCCCCGCCCGGACCGACACCAAACACACCCACAGACAGGCUCUACAGCACCCUCGUCAACUGGACCAUGACCUACCACUCUCAUUCAGAUGUCGUCGCCUUCUACGGAUACUUUCUUUCCCUCAACGCCUCUGUAAGUUGCAACCUCUUAACGUCUGCUGCUACACUCAUGCGCUUGCAGUAAUAGUCGCCAUAUACUUGUUGUCAGCCGCUACGCCCGAACCAGAUGAGUGAACACAAAGAAGCGGUAGCUGGAGUGAGGAGGUUACUGGCUGACGGCGUCACCCUGGAGGAGGCGAUGGGUCCAUCUUUGAAUACCUACAUCAACAAGACUCGCGUGGUGGCUUGGAUGUCCAGCCAUUGUCCAACACGAUCAAGAAGGGAGGAAUAUGUCCAUCACCUCAACCAAUACCUUCCCGUGGAUAAGUAUGGGUCGUGCGGUAACCUGAGUUGCGGACGAAGGCACCCGCUUGAAUCACACUGCUGGCAGACCGUCUUAACACACUACUCCUUCUACAUGGCCAUGGAGAACGCCCUCUGUCUCGACUACAUCUCCGAGAAGCUUUACAAUCCUCUCCUCAAAAACAUUGUUCCCGUAGUGUGGGGAGGAGCAGACUACAGUAACUACCUGCCGCCUAACUCCUACAUCGACGCCCGCCAGUAUCACCCCGAGGAGCUGGCCAACCUUCUCCUCAACCUCCACAACGACCCCGUAGCCUAUGGCAGGUACCAUCUGUGGCGAGCUUACCUACGACCUAUGGUGGGGGGGAGCAUGUGUGAACUGUGUCAUCUACUCCACACCGACACAUCCCACCACCACUAUCACAGCAUCGCCACCGCCAGGCACCUCAGAGGGCAGUGCCUCUCCCUCCCUACCAAACUCUUUCACCCGCGCCAUUCCACCGCUUGGAAGCAAGUCAUCGCCAGUAAUCACUCCGAGAACAAACACAAAAUACCACCUCAGUGGUGAAACGGUUAAUGAGUGCUGCUCUACCGGUUCAUUGGCAGACAUGUUCACUUAAUACCAGACAAAAUAGUUCGGACGUUGUUUUUGGUUAGCUAAAGUCAAUCAGUGAAGUGCAUUCUUACAUCUUCAUUCACCAGGAACAAACAUUGUAUCAACCCUCGUGUGUUAUGUGUUGUACUCCCCCGCAAGUGAAAUUUGGGGGGCUUGGCUCCUGUGGUCGCCCCCUCCCCCCUGAUUUAAAAUAAAAGGCUAAAAAAAAUUUCGAUAAACUCAGAAUAAUUACGAACUUCAUAAUUGCGGGGGGAAACCUUACUUUAAAGUGGGUCCCCCUGUGCACAACCACACUUUUCUGCAGAGCUGAAAUUCUAUUUUCAGGUAGUUAUUUUAUAGUGGGGAAAACUUCAAGAGAAAUAUUUGAAAAUCAUAAAAUAAGAAAAAUUUGAUACUUUGAUCAUAUAAUUAGAGAUGAAGGGAUAAUAGUGAGAAUAUUAUGGACAAAGUUGAGAGUAAGAAGGCCGGGGGAAGGCGGAGACGGGGUGGACGAAUGAAAUUAAAAACUUGGUCCCCAGGCAGAUGCAAAAUCUUCGAGGAUUGGUAAAAACAGCCCGAAGAAGUUUAGAGUCCAGAAAACUGAGGGUUAACUUUUUUCGGGGUGAGAGUUGUGAACUCGUGAAACAGCCUGCCAGAGAGAGUUGUGACGGCACCGAGUGUGAGCUGUUUCAAGACCAGAUUUGACCAACACUGGAGCAGGUACAGAUACAUUCAGAAGCCAGUACAUGCCCAGUACUUGCCAACAGUGUGUAACGAGCCGAUCAGUGGUGAAGAGGAUAAAAAUAAGUAAAAAGUGUGUCUGUGUUUUGGCUUGAUUCUCAUUUUAACAUAAAGAACUGAAAUUGGUUAGGUUAUGUAACUAAAGAUGCAACGCCAGGUAUCCCAGCUAAUCCUGUACAGCGUCUAUGAGUCACAUCUCAUGAGUGUUCAUGUUACAUGAGUGAUCUUUUCUGGAGCUAAAUUUCAUGUUAAGUUAUCCUGUUUACUGUUAUAUUUAAUUUUUUACCCUUAAGUAGUCAUAAGAAGAUAGGAAUAAAACUUAUAUAGAAAAACAUUAUUAUUGAGCAACAGUAUGAGAAUUCCACACCUAGUCCUAGCCUUGUACUGUUAAUACUACUAGUUUUAUUUAACCAAUUUCGCGUCCGACUAAAUUUACCAAGGCUGGGAAAUACCAUCUUAUGAAAAUCAUAUCGGGUAUACGUACUGUAUAUAUAUUCUGCCACUGCCGACUUUUUGUUUACUUGCAGGAAAUAGCCAUAUGGCAUCACAAAAAUUAUGACCAAGUGCCAGGUUGCUGAUCUGACUUUCUGCCUCAUUUACACACAAUUGCAGGGUCUCAAUUGUUUCUCUUACU